CUGAUGUGAUUCAGCAGCAUGGAUCAGUGUGAGGACAGAGAGGAGGGAGUCCCUCCCUCUAAAACCACUCUGUGUGGGGAAGAUGAGAGCCAGAGCAAAGGUCAGAGGAUCCAUCAGAGACUCAAACCAGAACCAGAACCAGAACCCAGCUGUGUGUCCUUUAAGAGCAACUGGUCAAAGGAUGCAGGCAUUGACUUUAAAUCUCCUGGAUCUCCACCAUCAGAGAGGAUCCAUCAGAGACUCAAACCAGAACCAGGACCAGAACCAGAACCCAGCUGUGUGUCAUUUAAGAGCAACAGGUCAAAGGGUGAGAUCAUUGACUUUAAAUCUCCUGGAGCUCCACCAUCAGAGAGAGUGGACCAGCAGAGCUCAGAGGUUCCCAGUGGUCAGUCUGUCCAGCAGAAUCAAACACAGCUGGACUCCAUAUUUAUGCUGCUGGAGAACAACAUUGUGACUUUUGUGAAGAAUGAGCUGAAGAAGAUUCAGAAGGUUCUGAGUCCAGAUUACACACAAUGUUCAGAGAGUCAGAGAGAUGAUGAUGGGGUGUUGGAAGGUGACGAAGAAGAGCAGAGGAGCAGCAGAGAGGGACUGAUGAAGAUCACACUGAACUUCCUGAGGAGGAUGAAGCAGGAAAAGCUGGCUGAGCGUCUGCAGAAACAUCUUGCUGCAGUUUGUCAACAUCAACUUAAAUCUGUUCUGAAGAAAAAGUUCCAGUCUGUGUUUGAGGGGAUUGCUAAAGCAGGAAGUCCAACCCUUCUGAACCAGAUCUACACAGAGCUCUACAUCACAGAGGGAGGGACUGGAGAGGUCAAUGAUGAACAUGAGGUCAGACAGAUUGAAACAGCAUUCAGGAAAUCAGACAGAACAGAAACAAUAAUCAGCCAUGAAGACAUCUUUAAAGUCCCACCUGGAAGAGAUCAACCAAUCAGAACAGUGAUGACAAAGGGAGUGGCUGGCAUUGGGAAAACAGUCUUAACACAAAAGUUCACUCUGGACUGGGCUGAAGACAAAGCCCACCAGAACAUCCAGUUCAUAUUUCCAUUCACCUUCAGAGAGCUGAAUGUGCUGAAAGAGAAAAAGUUCAGUUUGGUGGAACUUGUUCAUCAUUUCUUUAGUGAAACCAAAGAAAUCUGCAGCUUUGAACACUUCCAGGUUCUGUUCAUCUUUGAUGGUCUGGAUGAGAGUCGACUUCCUCUGGACUUCCACAACAAGGAGAUCCUGAUUGAUGCUACAGAGUCCACCUCAGUGGACGUUCUGCUGACAAACCUCAUCAGGGGGAAACUGCUUCCCUCUGCUCUCCUCUGGAUAACCACACGACCUGCAGCAGCCAAUCAGAUCCCUCCUCAGUGUGUUGGUAUGGUGACAGAGGUCAGAGGGUUCAAUGACCCACAGAAGGAGGAGUACUUCAGGAAGAGAUUCCGAGAUGAGGAGCAGGCCAGCAGGAUCAUCUCCCACAUGAAGACAUCACGAAGCCUCCACAUCAUGUGCCACAUCCCAGUCUUCUGCUGGAUCACUGCUACAGUUCUGGAGGAUGAGUUGGAGACCAGAGAGGGGGGAGAGCUGCCCAGAACCCUGACUGAGAUGUAUAUCCACUUCCUGGUGGUUCAGACCAAAGUGAAGAAGGUCAAGUAUGAUGGAGGAGCUGAAACAGAUCCACACUGGAGUCCAGACAGCCGGACGAUUAUUGAGUCUCUGGGAAAACUGGCUUUUGAUCAGCUGCAGAAAGGAAACCUGAUCUUCUAUGAAUCAGACCUGACAGAGUGUGGCAUCGAUAUCAGAGCAGCCUCAGUGUACUCAGGAGUGUUCACACAGAUCUUUAAAGAGGAGAGAGGUCUGUACCAGGACAAGGUGUUCUGCUUCGUCCAUCUGAGUGUUCAGGAGUUUCUGGCUGCUCUUCAUGUUCAUCUGACCUUCAUCAAGUCUGGCGUCAACCUGAUGAAUAAAACACAAACAUCUAAGAAAUCUUCAUCAUUUAAUAAAUCUAAACUAAAGUCUCUCCAUCGCAGAGCUGUUGACCAGGCCUUACAAAGUCCAAAUGGACAUCUAGACUUGUUCCUCCGCUUCCUCCUGGGACUUUCACUGCAGACCAAUCAGAGACUCCUACAAGGUCUGCUGACAAAGACAGGAAGUAGAUCACAGACCAAUCAGGAAACAGUUCAGUACAUCAAGGAGAAGAUCAGUGAGAAUGUGUCUGCAAAGAAAAGCAUCAAUCUGUUCCAUUGUCUGAAUGAACUGAAUGAUCGUUCUCUAGUGGAGGAGAUCCAACAGUCUCUGAGUUCAGGAAGUCUCUCCACAGAUAAACUGUCUCCUGCUCAGUGGUCAGCUCUGGGUUUCAUCUUAUUGUCAUCAGGAAAAGAUCUGGAUGUGUUUGACCUGAAGAAAUAUUCUCCUUCAGAGGAGGUUCUUCUGAGGCUGCUGCCAGUGGUUAAAGCCUCCAACAAAGUUCUACUGAGUGGCUGUAACCUCUCAGAGAGAAGCUGUGAAGCUCUGUCCUCAGUUCUCAGCUCCCAGUCCUCCAGUCUCAGAGAACUGGACCUGAGUAACAACAACCUGCAGGAUUCAGGAGUGAAGCUUCUCUCUGCUGGACUGAAGAGUCCAAACUGCAACCUGGAAACUCUCAGCUUAUCAGGCUGUUUGGUCUCAGAGGAAGGCUGUGCUUCUCUGGCCUCAGCUCUGACCUCCAACCCCUCCCAUCUGAAAGAGUUGGACCUGAGCUACAAUCAUCCAGGAGACUCAGGAGUGAAGCUGCUGUCGGCUGGACUGAAGGAUCCACACUGGAGACUGGAAGCUCUCAGGGUGGAGCCUGCUGGAGUCCCAUUCUUGACACCAGGUCUGAGGAAGUAUUCCUGUCAACUCACCAUUGACACAAACACAGUGAGCAGAAAACUCAAACUGUCUGAAGACAACAGGAAGGUGACAUGUGUGAAGGAGCUUCAGUCAUAUCCUGAUCAUCCAGACAGAUUUGAUUACUGGCCUCAGCUUCUGUGUAGAACUGGUCUGACUGGUCGCUGUUACUGGGAGGUUGAGUGGAGAGGAACAGUUUAUAUAUCAGUGAGUUACAGAAGAAUCAGGAGGAAAGGAAACAGUAUAGACUGUGUGUUUGGAAGGAAUGAUCAUUCCUGGAGUCUGAGCUGCUCUGAUCGUCUUGGUUACUCUGUCUGUCACAAUAAAAGAGGAACUCGUCUCUCCUCCUCCUCUGUCUCUAACAGAGUAGCAGUGUAUGUGGACUGUCCUGCUGGCAUUCUGUCCUUCUACAGAGUUUCCUCUGACUCACUGAUCCUCCUCCACACCUUCAACACCACAUUCACUGAACCUCUGAUUCCUGGAUUUUGGCUCAGCUCUGGUUCUUCAGUGUUGCUGUGCAGAGUUGAGUCUAAAGAGCCUAACGAGUCUAAAGAGUUUCUUCCUGUCAGAGAAACUCUCACUGAACAGAUGGUUCAGACUCUACAAUCUCUUGAGAUCAAAUUCCCAAACUGAAUCAGAAUUGAGUUUCCAAGGACUCAAUUCUUAUUGAGUCCUUGGAAACUUUUUCGUCUUCUAGUCCUUUAAAUAUGGAAGCUGUAAUUAUUCCGGGAUUAUUCCAGGAUCUUCAUGUUUUCCUGUCUGUUUCCAGUCAAAGCUUCACACUGAAUAUGAAGAUGUUGUUUCUCUUAUUUUUUUCCAUUCAUUCAUCAAAUUUCAUUGAAAUGUUGGAUCAGUUUUUCUCAAUCACUGAUCAUUUUCUAUUUCUAUAGGCUCCUAUUUUUCUUAACAUGUCAGAUUUGAAUAUUAAAUCUUCCUUUUGUAAAUUUGCUGCAGUUAUUCUUCAUGUGGGCUGCACAGUAGCACAGUUGGUAGCACUGUUGCCUUGCAGCAAGAAGAUCCUGGGUUCGAUUCCCGGCCCGGGGUCUUUCUGCAUGGAGUUUGCUGUAGAGUCCCCGAUUUUCUCCCACAGUCCCUCUAAAUCAGGGGUGCCCAAAGUCGGUCCUCGAGGGCUGGCAUCCUGCAUGUUUUAGUUCUCUCUGUGGUACCAACAA